UCGUUUUGUUGGAAUCCUUAUUCGUUACAAGUAAUGGCAGCAGCUAGAAUUCUUUUGGUUGCCUCCUCAAUGUAUAUAAACCCAAAAUGGCAACCUAUAACUCGAGAGAUCGAGUCGAAUGCUUGGAGUGAUAACGUGGGAAAGAAUAAGCACCACUUAAUCAGACAUCUUAUUAAUAGAAUUGGUUAGAUAGUUUACCACGUUUAUAGGACAACAAAAGAAAAUAAAGGAUCUUACUCCAUUUUCAUCCACACUCCAAAGACCAAAAUUCUGUCCUCAUUUCUGCAUAUUCCAAUCACAAAUCACAGCAAGCUCCAAAUCAGUCUUCAAAUUCUUCAUUUUCUGAUUGAAUCAAGAGAACAAAUGGACGAAUUCUUUGGAGGGACGGAUGGCAGGCUCAGAAUCUCCAUAACAGAUUCAACCAUGAUGAGGAUCGUUCACUGUGCGAUGAACAAAGCCCACGAAAAGGUCAAGUCCAAGGAAGGCGUGAUCGAGCGGCUGAACGAGAUUUCCAAGUUCUAUGAACUCGCGGUAAUGCAGUUAGAAGGGUGCAUGAAGUUUGUCCAAGAAGAGACGGAUUGCUACAUUCUUGAGAGCAGCCAAGAGGAGGAGGUUCUCGCGGGGUUGGUGGAGAUCAGGAACCGCCUGCAGGGUCGUCUCAACGAGUCAGAGAUGGUGAUCAUGGAGAAAGAUAGGGAGCUGACAGAGAGACUAGAGAGUGAGCUGAAGCUGAGGCAGGCCUUGGAGCUUAAAGAAAGAGAGUUGGUAUCUUUGCGCGCCAAAAUUGAGAAGACAAGGACUAAGGAUGUCGAGGAUAGAGAUGGCGAGUUCUGUGAGCUGAAGAAUUCGGUUGAUCAGCAGGUUUGGAACAUCAGACAGAAGCUUGAGCCCGAUUAUAACAGGCUUAGAGAUCAAGGUGGUAUUGACAAUGAAAAGGUUGAGCAGAUGGGCUCUGAUAUUGACAUUUUGAAGGAGACUUUGGAUGUUGCCUUUGGGAAAAUGAGUAAUGCAAUUUUCUUGUCUGAAGUGGCCCCAAUAGAGCAGCAAUGGAGAUGGGGUGUUGAGAAGGACACGUUCUCCGUCUUGCUUAGAGGUCUCAUGUGGGAUUUGCAGGAGAUGUUUGAAGGGAAAAUUUGGAGACAAGAGAGGUGGGUCCCGGUUGGGUUCAGCACGUUGUGGCCAGGUUUGAUGGAUGAUGUUGCCGGCUUGAAAAGUGAACUGAGUUCUCUCUUUGGCCAACAUGAGGUAAUGCAAGUGAAAAGUGACGACUUGUUACAAGAAAAGCUUAAACAUGGGGAGCUUCUAGGAGAGGAUAGUGAAGAGGAUGGGAAUCACUAUGUUGCUAAGAUGAUAAAAAGUCAUGAGUCCCUCAUCCGGAAAAAGAGUGCAGAGGCAGAGGAGCUGAACUUGUUGAGGCGAGAAAUUAUGCGCGAAAAAAUGAAUUCAUCUUGCAGGAGUGAAAAGGAACCGGUUAGCCUCAAGAAAAGAGUCCAAGAAGUCUUAGUGAAAUUGGAAAAUUUUAUGGAAUGGAGUGAUAAGUUGAGCGAACAUAUUGAUGAUCAUGAGGAGAUAAAUGGAGAGGAAACUCUUUCAAGAAAGAAACUCCUAAAAUGUGAUGCUACUGAUAGAGAAGACCAGGAUAUAAAUACUUUGGCAGAUGCUUGGGAGAGCAUGGAUAAGGUCUGUUGUGGAGUCAAUGAGGAAGCGCCGAAUAAGGUUCGGAGGCUUGAGCUAGAAGUAGAAGAACUAAAUUUGAAAACCAAGAUAAUGGAAGAGAAAUACAUGACACUUCUUGAAGGGCUGUCAGAAGAGCUCAACAUUGAGUUAUAUAGUUAUCAAUUAGAGAGACUAACAUGGGCAGGUAAAUGCAUAGAAGUGACAAAUCAGUGGAAUGAGAUGACUGAAAUCAACAAUAUUGGAUCACAAAUCAGAGAAGAAAUAAUUUGCAUUGUGUCCAAUGAAGCAAUGAAGGACUGUUGCUCUUUUUCUGACUUGAAAUCAGCCGAGUUUAAUGAUGUGAGGGAUGAUAUAAAUACACUCAUAUUCGGCAAAAUGUUGAAGGAAUGGAGUAAAAGCAUAGAAGUUUACAAUACCGAUGUUCUUGUUAGGGAAGAGAUAAGUCAUAUUAUCUAUGCUGAGACCAUCAAAAGUAUUGUUGAUACCACCAUUUCUGCAUUAAAUCAAUGUGAAGAGGUCAAACUUGUCGAAAAUUCUAUAAAGGAGGAUGUCUGUUUGGCUUUCAUAGGAGAAACUAUCAAGGAAUGGAAGAUGGACUUAGAUGCAUAUAAUGCAGAGAAUCUCCUCAGGGAUGAAAUAUAUCAGUUUGUCAUUUUUGAGGCUGCAAAAGUUGCGUCUGUUUCUUUUGAAGAAGCCAAUGAUGAAGAGAAACUCGCGGGAUGCUUGUUCUGUGAUAAGAAGUUGCAAGAACCUAAACAGCUGAGCACAGAAGAAAGUAUGAUUCAAAAGAUAGAUUCUUUACUAAAAUGUCUAGAAGUGGAGGAACAUCCAAUGCUGAAUGCAUGCUUCAAAAUUGGGAGACACGGCGUGGACCUUGAUCUGGUAGGCUUAGAAUGCGAAGAUUUUGGAAAGAAAAAGGCGACUAGCUCGGUUAGUUUCAAGCUAGAGAAGGCUCUACAGCAGUUAGCUACGAGUAAGGAAGAGCUAGAUGAAAUCAUAUCUAGUUUAGGCUUAGAAUUUGGUAAUCCAAACAAGGUUCAUCAUAAUGAAGGGACUCUUACAAUGAAAAGAAAAGGAGAGAAGCACUUAGAGCCAUCUGAUUCUUUAGUCCCACUUAUCCUGGGACUCUUCCAACUGAUGGAGGAUUUCCAGUGCAGAGUAAGAGAAAAGUUGGAGAUUAAUAACUCAAGAAUGGAAGAGAUUAAACAACACUUAAAUGAACUUCUUGGAAUAGUUUCCACCCUACGAGAAAAGGAAUCACUUUACAGGAAGGCUUUUAUUAGGAGACACCAGAAUCUUAAGAAGGCUGAAACUGAGGUGGAUCUUCUAGGAGAUCAAGUGGAAGUGCUUCUAGGCCUACUUCAGAAGAUAUACACAAAACUGCAUCAUUAUUCACCAGCUUUGCAGCAAUAUGCUGAGGUCUCAGAACUCCUGCAGGUGAUCAAGAAGGAACUGAAUGGAGUCGUAAAACCACCAAAAGAUUGA